AUGCUCAUUGAUACGAUGCAGGAGCGAAAAAUCGAGGAGCUCGCCGAGCUUGUCGAAUGUUUUGAAGAGACGUGCGACGAUCUAUGGCACGCCAAUACACCGUACCCUCAAUCGAAAAUGAAGGUGCUUCUUGAAUUGAUGGCGUCGUACCUCUGCGAUCAAAUCAGCUCGAAAAUCGAUGAGAAGGGCAUUUGGCGCGAAGACGGCGUCACCGAGAAGCUGCUCGCCGGCAUCGACGUCUGCGAGCAGAUGCUCUUCACGGUGAAGCUGCUCACCUCGCAAUCAUGGAAGAGAGCAUCGGAUCACGUGUGGGAAGGCAGCGCGAUCGACAUCAAAUAUCUCGCCGCGUUUCGCGAUCGUCUCGAUGAGAUCGUCUCGCUGAAAUCGCUCGGCGCGCAACUCGAAGAGCUUCUCCAGGAGAAGGGCGUCAAAGAGGAGAUCGAGAAGACGAUUGAGACGUCGAUGCGCGGAAUGGCGCCGUUGGCCUACAAUCCGUUCACCGAGCCGAAUUGGAAAUCGCGAGUUUUGGUCGCCGAGCGAUCAAUUGAAUCAACCAUCGAUAGGACGAUUCCAAUUCUCAAGCAAAGAUUGACAUUUUCGAAUGGUGAUUCUCAAAAUAUUGUUCUGAGUCUCGAAAAGCUUAAAAGUUUCCUGUGCCGCGCCAACAUCAAGGAGAAGCUGCAAUACGAGCGCGAGACAUUCCUCGCCAAACUCAUUUCAAUGUUGUCGACGAAAAGCCAAGAAUUCGACGAGAAAAUCAAUCAGGUCGAUGUGAGAAGCUUUCAGUUUCUCACCGAAAUCGCCGCGAAAAUUGUCUGGAUUCGGCAGCAGACGUCGCAGAUGGAAAGUGUGAAAGCUUUGAGCAAAUCGAUGCUCGACGACCUUUCGAAUUACGCAAACUUCUCGAAUAAAGUCGACGAGUUCAUCGAAAGACUUCAAUACGCGGAGAAGGAAUGCUUUGAUGAUUGGUGCCGGGAGACAAUAUACCUGAUCGAUGAUAAAAAUGACUCGAUUGCCUUGGAAACGACGGGAAAAAUUAUGAUAUUGGAAUCGUCGAAUCGUGAAUUGAACGUCAACUAUUCUGAUAGACUGUUAAGGCUAUUAAAAGAAGUUCGUCAAUUGAGCAGUCUUGGCUUCAACAUACCGUCAAAAAUUUUAACAUGCGCCAAUAAUGGUGAAAAAUACUUCAAAUAUGGUGUGAUUUUGAAGCAAAUCGCCCAUUUUUACAAUACAAUUGAUCAGCAGAUGAUUCCGUCGCAGCAGUCGCUUAUGCUCGAUGAUGCUAUUGCAUUUGAGAAAUUGGUGAUUCCACGAAAGGAUGCUUCAAAUAGCGCCUCAAAAGUCACCUGGAACGAGCCGAAACAGCUCGAGGAGUUUAUUAAGCAACUUCAGGACGCCGAACAACGCCUAUCCAAUAGGAAUCGAAGGCUGAGGAAUGUGCAUAUGGAGCUUAUUGAGUUGGUCGAGAAGCUCAUGGAUUUGAAUAUUGUUAAACAGAGUAAUGAAUGGAAAGAAAUUAUUGUUAAAAUUCGAUCAAAGAUGAAAGAAGAGGAAAUUGUGCAUGGUGCAUCGAAAAAGAAUAUGAAGCCAUGGCUGAUACAUUGGGAUUUUCAAUUGUAUAAGGCAUUAUUGGUGCAAUAUGAAUGGGGGAUUGAAAGUAUUCAAUCACAAUUGGCACCAAUCGCUGUGCAUAUCGUCUUCGCCGAUCAAAAAAUCCAGCUAAGACCAACAAUCGAGGAGGUUCGAGCGAAAUAUUACAAAGAAAUGUCGAAAUUUCUUCGAAUUCCCGACCGAUUUCGCGGAGUUCAAGAGGACGAAUCAAAUGUCAAAUUUUUCGCGCAAAUGAUUGAUCAAAGUAUGCAUUUAUUGCCGACAAUUUACGAAAAAGCCGAGCAAUUAAUGGAAAAAGUCGCAAAUUGCGAUCAAAUGUUCGCGGAUUGGCUAGUAAUUGCCCAAGUCAAUCUCGAGGAGCUCAUCGAGGAGAACCUCAAAACCGCUGCCGAUUGGGAGGCACAAUUGAAGAUUCUGAAGGCGAAAGCGAGAGAGGCCGAACGUCUUCCACACGAGCUCAAAUUUGAGUGCAUUGUCGUGAGCACCGCCGGCGUCAAAUCGGCCAUUGAGGACGCCAUUCAGCGACUAUUCGACACAUUGACAUGGACGUUGAGGCACUCAAUCUCGACGACGUCGCAAUCCAUCAACGCGUUUCUCACGCAGGCGAUCGAUGUGCUCUCGACGCGUCCGCAAUCCAUCGAUGAGAUCGCCGAGGCCAAUUCGAAGCAUACCGUAUUCGCCGAAACGAAUCGAAAGCUGAAAGAGGAUUGGAAGAUCAUGGAGGAGCAGCACACCCUGUUAAGGUCGGUCGCGGGAACUGGUGUGGACCAAUUUGAUAACUUGGAGCAAAAUUGGGAUCGGUUUGAGCUGAUGCUUGACAGCCAUCAGCUAAUGAUCAAGGAUCAGGUGGAAGUCCUUAAAAGUAAUGUCGAGACGAAUGUGAAAGGAAUGAAAGACGAAGCGGAGAAGCUGAAAGCGCGCUGGGACCAAUUCAAGCCAAGAACGGACGCCCUACAAGGCGAUCGAGAGCAAAUGCUGAAAGCGAUUCAAUUUAUUCGCGAGAAACGCCAACAAUGGCAGGAAUUGGCGGACAAUCGCGCCAAAAUUGAAAAAGAAUGCGAACAAUUCGGGCUGGAAUUGCCCGAAACUACCAUCAUUGAUGAGAUCGAUGAAGAUAUCAAGCAAUUCGAGGACAAUUGGCUCAUUUAUGAGCUAUUCAAUCAGGAAUUGGACGCGCUCGCCCAAGAAGAAUGGAUUGUGUUCAGAAGCAAAACCUAUCUAUUCGAUGAAUUUCUACAAAAAUGGAUGGAAAAACUGAAGACUGGAAGCCAGACGCAUAUGAGCGUACGCCUUCUGAAAGACGUCGAACAGUUCAAGGAGCUCAGCAGCGCGCUGAAAUUCUGCCGAGGCGACGUGCUCAGCGCCGAUCAUUGGCACGAGAUGUUCAGAUUCCUCGGUCUUCCCCGAGGCACGACCAUCGAGAAGCUGAAGCUCGCCGAUCUCCUCUCAGUCUCAACCAACAUCCUGGCCAACAUUGACCAAUUGAAGCAGCUCAAUUCGCGUGCUCAAGGCGAAGUGGCGAUUCGAGAUGCCAUUCAGGAGCUCACCCUAUGGGCGGCUCAGACCGAAUUCAGCCUAUCCGACUACAAGCAUUCGAACGGGCAGAACGUCAAGAUCAUCAAAGAGUGGAAAGAGGCCAUCAAUUCAGUGAAAGACAGUCAAGCACUUCUACAAUCGUUGAAAUCCUCGCCAUACUAUUCGCAAUUUUCGGAUAAAACAGCGGUGUGGGAAACCCGACUCGCCGAUUUGGACAUUUUUCUCGCUCAGAUGAACGACAUUCAACGCAAAUGGAUCUACCUGGAGCCGAUUUUCGGCCGCGGUGCACUUCCGUCCGAAGCUUCGCGAUUCUCACGAGUUGAUUCCGAAUAUAGAGCGAUUUUGAACGAUGUUUCGAAAGACGCGCGCCUCGUCUCACUGUGCUCACGACAAUCGCUCAAAAAAUCGCUGGAGCAGAUUGUGGACCAACUGAAUCGCUGCCAAAAGGCGCUCAAUCAGUUUCUCGAGCAGAAGCGAAGCACAUUCCCGCGAUUCUAUUUCAUCGGCGACGACGAUCUACUAGAGAUUCUCGGGCAAUCCACAAAUCCUCUAGUGAUCCAAUCGCAUAUGAAAAAGCUGUUCCAAGGAAUCGACAAAGUGAUAUUCUCGUCAAACAAUGAGACAAUUUCGUCGAUAGUGUCCGCCGAAGGGGAAACGGUUCCACUAACGAAGCCCGUUCGAAUCGUUCCGCAAGUUGAGACCUGGCUUCAACAGCUAUCGGAUGAGAUGCGAAGGACGCUUCGGGAUCUUUGCGCGAACGCCGUUGCCGAUCCGCAACCAUCGCUCGCCAAAUAUCCAUCGCAAAUUCUUUGUCUCGCCGAAGAGGUCAAAUUUUGCGCGUCGGUCGAAUCGAUACUCGAAUCCACCAAAGAUCUCAAAUCGUUCAAAUCGCAACUUCAAGACAAACUCAAAACCUAUACGAAUAUGAAGGUUGACGACAAGGUGUCGCAAUUGAAGCUCAAAUCGCUCAUUCUCGAUUUGAUCCAUCAUAUUGAUGUGAUGGAUCAGCUGAUAUCGAAUCGCGCCGAUUCAACGGGCUGCUGGACGUGGCAAAGGCAGCUGAGGUGCUAUUUGGUGAAUGGCGCAGUGGUGUUGAGGCAGGUGCACAGCGAAUUCGACUACACCUAUGAGUACCAGGGAAACUACGCCAAACUCGUGCACACCCCUUUAACAGACAAGUGUUAUCUGACAUUGACUCAAGCAAUGUACAUGGGACUCGGUGGCAAUCCAUACGGACCGGCGGGAACCGGCAAAACCGAAUCGGUCAAAGCGUUGGCGGCGGUGAUGGGCCGUCAGGUGCUCGUGUUCAAUUGCGACGAGGGCAUCGACGUGAUGUCGAUGGGUCGCAUCUUCACCGGCAUCGUUGAAUGCGGCGCGUGGGGCUGCUUCGACGAGUUCAAUCGUCUUGAUUCGACCGUCUUGUCGGCGGUGUCCAUGCAGAUUCAGACGAUUCAAGGCGCGAUCAAAUCGCGAAUGAGCACGUGCACGUUUGGCGGCAAAACGGUGCAAGUGAAUCCGAACAGCGCCAUCUUCGUCACACUCAAUCCGGCUGGCAAAGGCUACGGCGGCCGUCAGAAGAUCCCCGACAAUCUCAAACAGCUGUUCCGCGCCGUGGUGAUGGGACGGCCCGACAACGAGCUGAUCGCGUCGACCAUCCUCUAUUCGGAGGGAUUCGUCGACGCGAUGUCGCUGGCGCGCAAAAUCGUCGCCAUCUUCCAACUGUCGCGUCAAAUGCUCUCGAAACAGCAGCACUAUGAUUGGGGUCUUCGCGCGCUCAAAGUGGUGCUCGGCGGUUGCGGUGCGCUUCGGCGAGCGAGUCCGAGCAAAGAGGAGACGAAUGUCGUUGUUCAAGCGUUGCUGCUCAACACGCUGUCGAAAUUGACAUUCUCCGAUUCGGUGCGAUUCAAUUCGCUGAUCGACGACAUCUUCUCGAACGCGAACAAGGAGAUGGCGAAAUUCGGCGAUCUCGUCGAGCCGCUCGCGCAGGCCUCGAAAGAGAUGAACAUCAAGUUGUCCGACAAGCAAAUGGAGAAGGUGUUUCAGCUCUAUGAGCAACUUCGCCAACGAAUCGGCGUCGUCGUCGUUGGGUCGCCGGGAAGCGGCAAAUCGACAAUCUGGAAGGUUCUUCAACGCGCGUUGAUCAUCGCGAAGCAUUCGCUGCGAGUGACGGCGUUCAAUCCGAAAGCGGUGAAUCGGGUGAAGCUUCUCGGCAACAUGGACAUGGACACCCGAGAAUGGUCCGAUGGUAUCAUCACAAUGGCGGCAAGGGAGGUCAUCAAGGACACCAGUGUUCAUCAUUGGAUCGUUUGCGAUGGCGAUAUUGAUCCGGAAUGGAUCGAAGCGUUGAAUUCGGUGCUGGAUGACAAUCGACUGUUGACAAUGCCUUCUGGUGAGCGUAUCCAAUUCGGAUCCAAUGUGAAUUUUGUGUUCGAGACUGACUCGCUACAGUACGCCUCGCCAGCUACAGUAUCCCGAAUGGGAAUGAUCUACAUCAGCGAAGAGGACGUCUCACCACACGACAUCGUCGCUUCAUGGCUCAGCUCCAAUUCCGAAGAUGUGCACGCCGAAUUGGCGUCAUGGAUCGACGAGCACUUCUUCCGCUGCUUCAAAUGGGCACGAACGAAUCAAAUCGGCGGGAUCUCAAGCUUCGGGCUUCUGAGGAAUGGUCUGACUCAUCUGAGAGCAUCGAAAACGAAAACGCACUUCCUUGUGCUCCUCUACAACGGACUUGUGCCAUUCGUCGUUGAUGAGAAGAAGGCCGAUUUUGCGAAGAGCGUCGUCUUCCAGGGCAUCUCCGUUCCGGAUCCGAAGAACAUCUGCUAUGAUGAUCGCAUCGAUGGAAUCAUGACCUAUAUGGAUUACGUGUCGCAGGCGGUGACCAAAGAGGAGAUCGAACGCGAGGAUCUUCGUCCGUUCGUGCUCACCGCCGACGCGCAGCGAUACACCGACGUGGUGGGCUCGUGGAUGCACGAGUCCAAUCGCGAGAGCUUCAUCCUAAUGGGUCCCGAUGGAUGCGGAAAGCAGCAGUUGCUGAAGCACUGCUUCCGAAACGAUCACGAGAGCCAAUUAGCCACACUCUAUUGUUCGGCGCAGUCAAGCUCAUCGCAUUUGCUUCAACUCAUUCAGCAGAAUUGUGUGCAAGCGAGCAAUCCAACCGGAAGGGUCUGGAGGCCCAAGGAUCGUCCCAACCUGAUUCUGUUCCUCAAAAGUAUUAAUCUACCAGCGCCGGAUCGGUAUGGCUCCAAUGAGCUCCUCAAUCUCCUUCAUCAGCUUCUGACCUAUCAGGGAUUCUUCGAUCACAACCUGGAAUGGGUGUCGAUCGAGAACAUCCAGUUCGUCGGCAGCAUGCAGCCAAUCGCCGACGGUUCGGGAAACGUGCCGAAUCGCCUAUUCUCGCUUCUGCGAUGCGUCGCGCUCAAUGAGACCGACGAAGCGCAACUCACGUCGAUCUACAAAACGUAUUUGGCGCCGAUUCUCGACGAAGCCGGCGAGUCGAGUGCGGAGAUUGUCGCGAGUCGAAUGGUCGACGUCUUCCAGAAAGUCCGCCUCAAUUUUCGGCAAUCCGACAAUAUCGUGUUCUCGUUCACACCGCGCGAUCUCACCAAUUGGACGGUCGCGUUUCUGCGGCACGAGCUCGAUUCGGGCAAACUCGACGCGGUGAUCUUCUUCGAAGCGCAUCGCAUCUUCGCUGAUCGCCUUCCGAAUGAGGAGAGCAAAAGCAAAUUCGAGGAAAUUCUGAGGAAUGUCAUACCAAUGUCAAAAGCGAAUGAGAGUCUGUAUGUGACGACGUCGCGCGCCGUCUCCGGCGAUAGCAACACAGGAUUGCCACUGACGCCAAUCAAAAUUUCCGAUUUCUCGCAACUUCUCGCAAAAUCGAUUAAUCGAUUCGAAUUCGAAGUCGCCAACUUCGCAUCGCCGCUGACCAAUCAGCUCGUCAUGUUCUGCGCGUUCGUCGAUCGCGUGCUGACGUCGCCGGCCGGCAAUCUCUUUUUGCCCGGUCGCAGCGGAUUCGGACGUCGCGACGCCGUGCGCCUCAUCGCCCACAUGCACGACAUCGUCGUGUUCUCGCCGAUCGUCACCAGCAACUAUUCGUCGAAACAAUUCGACAAUGAGCUGAAGAACGCGAUCACUCAUGCAGUGAGCAAUAAUGAGCACGUCAUGUUCAUUCUAGAGGAUCAUCAAGUUCGACAAAGCGUCUUCCUGCAGAAGGUGAACUCCCUUCUCGCCAGCGGUCAGAUUUCAGGACUGUUCACCCAGCAGGAGUUGGAUGGGCUAGCGGCGCUGGUGGCAGAAGCGGCCAGUCAAGCAUCAUUCGCUGGUCCCUUACAACAAUAUCUGGCUCAUAGGAUCAAGGCGCUUGUUCACGUUGUGAUCAUUCUCGAUGUUGAUUCAGAGGACUUCAACUCCGACAUCGCGCAGAACCCGUCGAUUCUAAAACACUGCAACACCAUUUUCGGUUUCGGCUUCGAUCGCGAUUCAUUGAAUACCAUUCCAAAGUUGUUGCUGGAGAAGCACAAGGUGAACGCGAGCGACGCGGUGCUCACCGGCUUCAGCGACAUUCUCGUCAGCAUUCCCGUCGAGCUGUCGUCGCAACCAAUCCGCUUUCGACAAUUCGUCGAGAACUACGUCCGAAUAUGCGAUGUGAAGAAGUCGACGCUGACGGUGCGGCUGAAUCGUCUUCAGGGCGGUGUCUCGAAAUUGAACGAGGCGCGCGAAGAAGUGGCGAAGAUGCAGAAGAAGGCGGCGAAGCAGAGCAAACUGCUCGCCGAGAAGCAAGCCGAAGCCGAUGAAGCUCUUAAAGCGAUCACGGAGAGUAUGAGUGGCGCCGAAGAUCAGAAAUUGUCGAUGGAACAGUUGAAAGAGGCCACCGAGAAGGAGAACAUUCGAAUCGAAGAGCAGAAGGCAAAAAUCGACGAUCAGCUCAAAGAGGUGCAGCCGAUGAUCGAGGCGGCUCGCAAGGCGGUCGGCUCGAUCAAAUCCGAAUCGCUCAGCGAGAUUCGAAGCCUUCGAGCGCCGCCGGAAGCCGUUCGAGACAUUCUACAAGCGGUGCUCCUCUUCAUGGGCAUCUUGGACACCUCCUGGGAAGCAAUGAGGAAAUUCUUGUCGAAAAGCGGUGUCAAAGAUGAGAUAAUGAAUUUCGAUGCGCACCGAAUCACGAAUGAGAUGUACAAAAAGGUGUCGGCGUUGGUGAAGCAGAAGGCGAACUCGUUCGAAGAAGCGACGGCGAAGCGCGCGUCAAUCGCUGCCGCUCCACUCGCGGCGUGGGUGAAAGCGAAUCUCGAGUAUUCGAAAAUUCUCGAGAAAAUCUCGCCGUUGGAGAAUGAGAAGAACAAAUUGAUCAAGAAUCUGAAAAAGGCCGAGAAACAAAUGGAGAAUCUAUCGAAGGGUCUUGAAAGCGUCGAUGAGGUGGUGGCGGAUUUGAAGAAGAAAUUUGAGAAUCUCAUGAAGGAGGCGACGCAGAUCAAAGUGGAUUUGGAUCGCGAGAACGCGACGAUCGAGGUGGCUGGAACGCUUGUCGCGAGUCUGUCAGGCGAAUUCGAGCGCUGGAAACAACAAAUCGAGACGUUGGGCGGCGAGCAGGCGAAAAUCGAAAUAUCGGCGCUGAUCACCGCGGCGUUCGUUACCUAUCUCGGCGACUGCAGCGAGAAGACGCGUCAGAAUGUGAUGAAGUCGAUUUGUCAGAUGUUCCAGAUGGUCGGCUUCAAGCCGCUCUCGUUUGCCUCGCUCGAAACCGAACAGCUCAACUGGAAAACCAAAGGCCUUCCGUCGGACGUUUUGUCUCUGGAGAAUGCCAUGAUUCUAUUCAACACCGAUCAUGUCCCCUUCAUCAUCGAUCCGUCAGGCCAAGUUCCCGUGUUCCUCAGCAAUUACAUUGAGAAGUCCGAGGUUUUCAAAUCGGCUCAAUCCGAUCUGAUGACGCAAAUCGAGUUGGCCAUCCGAUUCGGCAAAACGAUUCUGAUUGAUGAUGUCGUCGAUGUUGACCCGACGCUGAUGCCAAUUCUAAGACGCGAGUUGACAUCGCAGGGUCCCAGACAGGUGAUCGUGUUCGGUGGCAAGCAGAUCGACUACAAUCCCGACUUUCGUUUGUUCAUUUGCACCAGAGACGAGAAGGUGAAAAUCCGACCGAGCGUCAAGAACCAUCUCAUCAUCGUCAACUUCACAACGACCGUCAGCGCGUUGUCGGCGCAACUCCUCGGCGUCGCAAUUCAUUUGGAGAAGCCCGAGCUCGAGGAGCGCUCGAGCAGUUUGUUGCGCGACGCCGAACUCAAACGUUUGGAGUUGGAGAACCUCGAGCAGCUACUCCUCCAACAAUUGGCGUCGUCGCAGGGCAAUCUGCUGGCGAACACCGACCUAUUGGACUCGUUGAACAAAUCGAAAGAGAGCUCCGAGACGAUUAGUCGAAGUAUUGCCGAGAGCGAGAAGCUGCACAAAGAGCUCACAAUGCAAAAGGAGAUCUAUGUGCCGCUGAGUCAGUUCACCUCAUCCCUCUAUUUCUCAUUCUCAAACCUUCACCAUCACAAUCAAAUGUACAAUUAUAGUGUGAACACGAUCAUGAAGUUGUUCGCGAAAACGCUGAAACAGUGCAAGGACACCUCGUCGACGCGCGUCGAGACGCUGGCGCGCCAAAUGCAGCUCACCGUGUUCUAUCAUGUGUCGCGCGGGAUAUUCCGACAAGAUCGCCUCAUGUUCGCCGUCGAGUUUCUCAACGCCACCAUGCCGAAGUUGUUUCAGCCAAAAGAAUGGGAAUUGUUCACCGGUGUGCUUGUCGACGACGACGCCUCGUCGCAGAAUCUUCGCGUCGCGUGGACGCCGCCCGAACGACUGCCGGCAUUGAGCAAAAUCAAGACGCAUCUUCCCGCGUUGUUCGCCACCCUUCAGAUCACCGACGAGGCGACAUGGAGCGAGUUUGGGAAAACGUUGCAAUGCGAGACGUCGUUCCCAUCAUCCAUCGACAACAAACUCACCUACUUCCAAAAGGUGCUUCUCAUUCAGGCGGCGAGACCCGAUCGCCUCUACAAUUGCCUUAUGAAUUUCGUGCUGCAGACAUUGAACAUCGCCAGCAUCAAUCCGCCGGCGUUCAAACUCAACGAGAUCUACGAGGAGUCGGACAGCAGUCAGCCGAUUCUAUUCAUUCUCGCCGACGGUGCCGAUCCGUCGCAGGAACUCGCCGAGCUCGCCGCCUCGCUUCGAAUGAGCUACACAUCGAUCUCAAUGGGACAGGGACAAGAAGCGGCGGCGAUCGAGGCGAUUCGCGACGGCGCCAACAACGGCGGCUGGGUGUGCCUCAACAAUCUCCAUCUCAUGCUCGCCGCGAUUCCGUCAAUCCACAAAGAGCUCUCAUUGUUGAGCCGACACGACAAUUUUCGGUUGUGGCUCACCGCCGAAGCCGAUCAGCGAUUCCCGACGAUGCUUCUUCAGCAAGCGCUGAAAAUCACGUUCGAGCCGCCGCCGGGCGUCAAGAACAAUCUGUUGCGCACGUACACGCAGAUCGAGAGCGUUCCGCGGCCGGUAAUCACGUGCCAAUCGAUAUUUGUGCUCGCCUGGCUCCACGCGUUGCUCCAAGAGCGACGAACGUUCAUUCCGCAGGGUUGGACCAAAUUCUACGAGUUCGGCGCCGGCGACGUCAGAGUCGCCCGCGCGUUCAUCGAGCAGCUCACCGCGAAAAAAUCCGAUUGGGAGUUUGUGCGCGGAAUUCUCAAGUUCGUCAUCUACGGCGGCAUCAUCGAGAAUGAUUUCGACGCCAAAGUUCUCGAUUCCUACAUAUUGACAUUGUUCAACGGUGAGACGUUGAGCGGAAGACCGGGUCAGACGGUGGCGAAAGGCAUCGAGAUUCCAGCGGCUCAGAAUCUUGAGGAUUACGUGGCUCAUGUGAUGAAGGUCGUUCCCGCCGUCGACGAGCCUUAUCUGUUCGGUCUUCCCGAGAACAUCAAAUACUCAUGGCAGAUCGUUGAAUCCGAACGGGCCAUCUCGUCGAUUCGAACCCUAGCGCUCGGCGGCUCGUCGAUAUCCAACGCUCACGACGCGGUUGCCCCAAUCAUAGCGCUUUGGAAGAAGUUGUGCACGACCAGCGGCGAUUUCCACAAGAUGCAGCUACCCGAGGAGAGCAAGUCGGAAGACGCGAUUGUGCAGGUCCUUUCGCUCGAAAUGAUCAACGCUCUUCGAAUCGUCCAAAAUGUGCACAAUUCGCUGAAGUUCGUCUCAAAGGCUGUCAAGGUGCCCAGUCUGGCGUCGUCGGCAACCCGCAAGACGAUCCAAUCGCUAGUUUUACAUCAAACACCCGAUGAAUGGGAUCUCGCGUGGAGCGGACCGCCUGAUCCAGCCGACUAUCUCAACGCGGUGAUCCGAAAGACGCGCGGAACCCAACAGGUUAGGAGUCGCCUACUCGCCACCGCCGAAUCGGGAAGCCUUCUCAGCCAUCCCAUCGACUUCUCCGAUCUGUUCCAGCCGAACGUCUUCCUCAACGCUCUACGCCAGACCACAGCGCGUCAAUUGUCGACACCAAUGGAUCAGCUUUAUCUAUCAUCGGCGUGGGACGCCUCGCAACUUCCGCAAAAGCAGACGAUCCAUGUCAAAGGACUAUUAAUCCAGGGCGCCAUAUUCGACGGGUUCUUGCGCGAAACCACCGUAUCGAGUGCCGUGUUCGCGCCGGCGCCGCCCCUUUUCCUAGCAUGGACCGCUCAGGCAUCGUCGACAAUCAACGGCGAACAAGUCCAAGUGCCGCUCUACACGACUUCCGAGCGUUCCGAUCUCAUCGCGACCAUCUCGAUGCCGUGCCGAAGUGCUCAUCAAUGGAACAUCGCCGCCGUCGCGUUGUUCUUGAAAUGA